AUGAGUUCAAACAAUGAACCAGCACAAAGUCAAAGACUACAUUUCAUAUUGGACGAAUUUUUGUACAACAUCAAGCGUUAUAAAAACACAUUUGAAGGUGAGAUUCAGUGGUGCAAUGACCUUUCGUUGAACGAUUGGAAGACCCACUAUCUACAGAUUACCAAGUCGGGCUCCUUAACUCAUUCAAUUGAUGAAUUAACAGCAGACUCCGCCAAUAUCCAACCCAUUAUCAAGCAUUUACAACAGUGUGAAUUACAGAUCACAAAAGACACACAAUCACCUUUUAUAGAUGUUAAGGCAAACUGCAACUUUAUAAUCCGAGUGAAAGCUUCAGGCAAGGAUUUCAAAGUGUACCUUCGAGUCAAGAACUGGGAUAGUUUUAAGAGAUUGCUGACGUGUUUGAUUUGGUGGAGCUCGAUGAAGACGAAUGGUAUAUUCAACAAGUUUCAGAUAUCGGCUCCUUAUGAGUAUGACACAAAGAAACUGGGGCAGCCAGAAAGUUUGUUGGUCUAUAAAUUAAAUGUUUUUGGACCCAUGGUAAAACAUACUACUCUUCCACCGGCCACGAAUCCUUUAGAUAAGCCUAACAUAAGUAACAACGAUAAUAACGGGAAAGGCUGGUUCUCGGCUAUGGGCGUUUUUAAAUCAGACGGCAUACUAGAUCUUCUUUUACAAAGUGACGGAUCUCCAAUUUACUCAAUAGACAUUACCCAACUUUUAAAAUCAGAAAUUAGAAUCUUAGAUUCUUCUGUUCUACAAAAUGACAAUUGUUUGUUUUUAGGUGAAUUGCCGCUCUUACGAAAACAGUUAAAUGACGAAAAUUUUCACAUAGAAAGUAUUAAUUCUAGUAAUAAUAACUCUAGUAAUAUCUCUGAAGAAAUUAUUAUACAAUUCCCUUUAAGGAUAGACUUGGAAGAUUGUUUCGUGGCAUUACAAUCAUACGCUAGGUCAGAAUAUUUAUCUAUUACCGGCUCAGAUAAAUCAAACGGUAUGAGGAUAUCGAAUAGCUUCAAGCUUUCUAUAUUGGAGGCUAAUUUUCAAUCAAUAAAUUUAAAUGAUAAGAAUAAUACACCGUGGUCAAUAUUCACUGACAUAACGACUUGGGGUCAUACAUGGGCUAGAACAUCAAUGGUUCCAGGUUCACCGAAUCCAUUUUGGAGAGAAGAGUUUCAGUUUGACGAACUGUUGAGACUUGAUACUUCCUACCUGGAAAUCAAGCAGCUAUUUCAUGACCCUAUCCACUCUAAUAACAAAAAGCGGUUACGGUUGGUUGGUAAAAUCGGAAUUACACAGGAGAUGAUAAAUGAUGCGAGAUAUAACAAGGAAACAAGAUUGCCGAUCAUGGAUGUUGAUAAUCAAAAUUUCCAGAUCGGUACAAUCUGUAUCAAGCUCUCCUCAAAUUUGAACUUUAUUUUGCCAUCCACCAAUUUUAUGAAAUUAGAAAAGCUUUUGGCUAAUUUGAACUUAUCCAUGAUUUCAAAUUUAAUAUACAAAUCUUCUUCAUCAAUGGAAAAUGACAAUAAAUUGAUGCAAAUAUCUGUAAUUUUUCUGGAUAUUUUCCAAUCUACAUCUCGGAUAGAAGAUUGGUUUAAUGUUCUUAUAGACAAGGAAUUGUCCAAGAUAGACGGGACAGUUUCGAGAAUAAAUCAAAAAAAUUUAGAUUCAAAGCAUAUCUUUAACAGUUUAUUCCGUGGUAAUUCUAUUUUGACUAAAUCGACUGAGCAAUAUUUUUUCAGGGUAGGCAAUGAAUACCUGAACGAAGCGCUUGGCGGUAUUUUGAAGGACAUCAUCGAAUCAAAUGAAUCAUUUGAAUUGGAUCCUGCUAGAAUAAAAGAAGAAGGAAACAAGAAGGAGAAAAUAUUAGGGGAUAAUUAUAAAAGAUUGUACUUCUGGGUCACGAAGAUUUGGAAAAAACUCUACGCAACAAGCAAUGACUUACCCAUUGAGAUUAGGAACGUUUUAAAGAUUUUUAGAAAGAAAUUAGAGAUAAUUUGUACCGAAGACAUUUUACAAAUAAUUCUAAACGGUAUAUCUGGAUUGCUGUUUUUGAGGUUUUUCUGUCCGGUUAUAUUGAAUCCUAAGUUAUUUAAAUAUGUUUCCGAAAACCUAAAUGAAACAUCAAGAAGAAACCUCACUUUAAUAAGCAAAGUCCUGCUAAAUUUAUCUACAUUAACACGGUUUGCUAACAAAGAGCCGUGGUUAAUGAGUAUGAAUCAUUUUAUUGAUAAAAGGCGUGAUGAGUUGUUGGAAUACAUCGAUAAGAUGACACAAAAGAAACUAGAUUUCAAUUCCAAAAAACUAAAUCUAAGUUCCAAUAUAACAAGACCUAAGUUGCCCAUUGACCAAGCAAUCUUGGAUGAUUUGCCUCAGCUCCCUUGUUUAAUUGAUAAAAACUCCAGAGAAACUGAACUCGUCAACUUGAUCAUUAAUUUCAGUCAAGAAAAUGGGAACAAGAUGCUAAAAGAUAGCCAGAUGGAAGAAAACGGAAAGCAAGACUUAACAGGGGGAGAUCGUCUUUCUACGAGCAGUAGUAUAAAUUUGUCGAUAAAUAGGAAGGAUUUAGAUUCACCAGUAGGUGCGAAACCAGAAAUUGGAGAGUUAGAAUUUGAGAGGAUAACUGAAAAUAAUACAGAAGUUUUUGGAGACGAUUUAAUGAACUUACUCAAGAGUGAUGACGGAGGCCCCAAGCAUGAUAGUUUGGUUAGCAGUAUUAAUAAUAACGUGAACCCUAAUUCGACAUUCACGACACAGGAGGAGGAGAGAUAUAUGAUGAAAGAACUAGAACAAGAGUGCUAUUUACUCUACAACAAGAUUGACCGUAUCACAAAAAGAUUAUCAGAUUACGAAUGUGCUUCGAGUAGUCUGUUCGAAGACAGAAAAUAUUCCAUAUCACUUUCACAUAAGAUUUACUAUGAGCAAUUACGAGAGGGUGAUGCUAUCGUACUUAAAUUGCUAAGCAAUCCUUCCAUGGAUCGGUCUUCUAUAAAAUUACGAAAAUUUUUCAGAAGAGGUGCUAGCAGUAAACUUUACAACAUUGGAGAUCAUUAUAAUAAGUUUCUGAUUGUUGAAGGGAUUGGUACUGAAUUUUUUAAUGGUACGAACAGAUUAUCAUCACGCGGGACAUCAUUGAAUGGCGAUGAUAAGGAUAACCAAACGAUACCUUCGUCUUCAAGCUCUUCAAAUAAAAGUGGUUUGGGUAAUAGGUUUUCUCCCACAAAGUUAUCGAGGAUGAUGAGAAGAGCUCCCAAUGGAGAUGUACCUAAAGAACAAAGUGCUCAUAAAUUGACGAGAUGGUUCAAGAAAAAAAAGGACCCGAGGGGGCUUGACUGA